UGCUGCUCCCCGCGCUCAUUUCAGCGCCGACAGACGCUCACACACACACACACACACUCUCUCACACACAGUCAUACACACACAUGCUGGGAGUUUUCCACAGCAGAGCAGAAGCAGAGCAGCUGAGUGGAGAAGCGCUGGAGCUUCAGGACUCUUCAGGAUACUGAGAAACUUCAGCGACCUAAGUUCUCCUGUUUUCAGUGGAUGUUACUUAGCUCCUGUGGAUUUGUCCUGCUGUCUCUGGGCAGAUGAACUGAAGACUGAGGAGAUUCAGCUGUAUUUACUCUCCUGCAGCCGGUCGGAGCUCCUGGUCUGAAGAGCACCGUGUGAAAUGGGCUUUUCUGGCUGACUGUAACAGAAGAUCACCUCCACCUCUACUGGAUCCAGCUCUCCUGUAGCGAGACAGGACGGAUUUUGUUCCUUUUUUUUUGUUUCCAGCUCUUCCAGAAAUGGUGGGGCAUUUACACUUGCAAGCUAUGGAUGAGAGUUUGAAAGGAAAGAACCGUGAAGGGCUGCUAGACAGUCCGGAUUCAGGGCUGCCUCCGAGCCCCAGCCCGCCCUUCUACUCCCUGUCCCCGGGGGUGGUGGAGCAACGGGCCAGCAGCUGCUCUACUCCAACAGAACCACAUGUACACUACGGGAAGGACAGCAGAGAAGGAAAACUGCUUCCCUACCUGCUGCUGAACUCUCAGGGGGAUGCUAAGGCCCGGAUGUACCCUGUGGUUUAUGGAGAAAGCAUCAAGGUCAAUCCUAAACCCAACAAGGAGUUAAAGUUCAGUUCAGCAGUGAAAUACGCUUCAGACCGACACUACCGUGACCAGGUGUACUGCGCCCCGGUUCCUACAGUGACCUCCUACAGCGAGACGGUGGUGGCGGUGCACGACUGCACGUGGCGCAGCUUCAAGUCCGAAGUUCAUUUAGAGCCCCGUCACCGACCGCUGCACUACCAGAGCACGGCCAUCAUCUAUCCCAAGCACGCCCGGAACACGUACCGCACCACGCUCAACUACAACGCCAACGGCAACGCCGGACAGCGCUGGUUCGUGUCCACAGUCAGGCUGGAGUCCAGCGAGGACACCAGUCCGUGCAUCAUCUACACAGAAAACCUCUGAGCUCCAACAACAACAGCAGCAGCAGCAGCAGUGCUGGAAGACUCCUGUAGAGCGUGUCAUUAUUUCCUAACGCUAAAACUUCUUUUGGGUAGAGGCUUACGCAGUAAAGACUUCCGCUGAAGAAAGGAAAUGCAGGUGAAAGACCAUUUAAAGGCCAUUUCCAUUUCCCUUUCCUUUUCAUUUUGGCUCUGUUGAAGAGUGAACUUUAUUGCAGGUGUGACGGAACAGCAGUGUACAGCAGAUCAGCUUUGGAACGUUUAAAGCCUUGUUUGCGUAGACGUCAUUCAAGCUCCAACGAACGGAAUGACCACAGACGUCCAGAUUUGAUUGCUUGGUGCUAGAGAGGUGAGAGGUGGCACUCUACAACAAGCGUUCCUCUUCUAAUUGUCAUGGCAUUGUCAUGGUUUUUGCCAUGUUAUAGCGCCACCUGCUGUAUUGGAGUGUGAAAAAAAAAUCAAAACCACAGAGCUUGUAAACCACUUUUGCAAGCUUCUGCUUUUGCUGAGAGUAUACAGAAGCCUUGAUUUUUAUAUUCAUACCCGUUGGGAGGUGGGUUGACAUAUUUUUGUGUUUUGUUUUUGUUCUUUUGCCUAGUUUGUUUACUCGUGAUUCCUACCAGUUUUCAGAAGAACACUGCACUCCACUCUGGAGAACAGCUUUAUCUACAUCCACUACCAUCUUCUAUUUACAAUGCUGUAAAACAGUUCUGAAGCCUCAGAGCUCUAUACUGUGUAUUUCUGAGCUGAGAGAUCGUAGAAAACUUUACCAUGGUGGAACUUACAGACUUUUUUGUGAGGUGUAUAAAUGCUUGAUUUGAUUGCACUCAUGCUAAGAAAGAAAGAAAAGGUGGUUUGUUUUUCAUUCAUAUUGUGUUUUUUUCCUCCUUACUUUGGCUACAGUGGCUUUGGCUGAACUUAAGGUUGUUUAAGGCCUGCAGUUUAGGAACACUUGAACGAUUGGACCAAAGAUUUUAUACGAUUCAAAGAAAGCGAUUGCAUUGAAAGCAUUGUAGCAGCUCAAAGCUGAGUAAGAACAUCAGUGCUUGCACACCAACACUUUCUCAACAUAAAAAAAAGUGGUCCAGCACCUUGUCCUGAAAACCUGAAAAUCUUCUACCAUGGUAGCGUGUUACUCAGUGGUUUGGACUGUCUUGCCUUAGUGGUUGAAUUUCCUUGGAGUGGAUGGAGGCAUUAGGAGAAGAUUUCUAGAACGGUGAGAAUAGCGUAACUUGAACAGGGUCUGUCAGCAGAAACCAAUUCAUUUCAUUAGAUUUAAACCCAGAGUUUCUUUACAUUGGCAUUGUGAUGAGCCACUGCAGCUGGAUGAAUUUAAGGGACAUGAGUUAUGGCAUUAAUCUGAGAUCUGUUUUCUGCAUUUAUUUGAGGGGAACUCCACUAGUUCAUUCAAAUUUCUGAAGAAUCCAGUUGUUAUGUUGUGAGCAGUCAUUCAGAGUGACUUGGUGUGAAAUCACAGUCAAAAUGGGAAAUUCUUUCAUGCUUGAGGUUUAACAAAACCCAUUUUUUAUAAAUAUGCUGGUUUUAUAGAAGCUGUUUCCACAUUUUUCACAUCGUAUUGUAAGGCGCAUUAUCUAUAAACGUCGAUUUUGUGGUCUAUUUUCAUACACAAGGCACACCAGAUUAUAAGGUGCAUUAUUUUUAAAGUCAAAUGAGCGCUGGAUGUUGAUCUACCUAGAUUUCUCUCCUGAAAACGUUUUAUUUGGGUGAUUAAACUGCUUCUGUUUAUUUACAGUAAGCUUAUAUUUACAGAUUUCCACUACACUGCACUACACUGAGGAACCAUGAGUGUUUUGGUACACACAGGCUACAGUCUGAUAUACUCAACUCUGAACGGCAAAAGAGCUAACUAUUGCUAGUGCAGUGCUGGCUGGAAAUAGCAGUAGGCUACAGGCCGACAUACUUGUCUCUAAUCAGCAAAAGAGCUAACUAGCACUUAACGGGUAAUGCUAAUGCUUCUUCAGCUAGCCGGUGUUAGCAGCAGGCCACAAGCCGAUAAUACUCACCUCUAAAUGGUGAAAGAGCUAAAGCUUAAGUGCAGUUAGCAGCUAAUGCUAAUACUGCUCCAGCAGUGCUAGCCAGGGUUAGCAGCAGGCCACAAGCCAAUAAUACUCCCCUCUGAAUGGUGAAAGAGCUAGUGCUUUGUGCAGUUAGCAGCUAAUGCUAAUACUGCUCCAGUCUCGAGUAUCGGUGCUGGAGAACUAAACUGAAACUCCUGUAUAACACUGAACUUCAGCAGAGUGGCUUUACUGCUCCUUAUAACCUGACUGGUAAAAUUCAUUCAUAAGGCACACUGGAUUAUAAGUAAAUUUGGGGGAAAAUUAAAGGAUUUUAAGUGCGCUUAAUAGUGCGAAAAUACGGUAUUUUAACCUUAAUAUGACAGACAAUGACCAGGGAGGUGCAGGUAAAGCAGGUCAAGCACUGGUGGGAAGGUGGAUAUAGAUGGUCACAGAUUUGUGAAAGCUCAACUGGGCUGUGAUGGAGGCGUGGAACUGGAUCACUAGCCCUUGAAAUCUUCAAGUGGUGCAUAAAGUACAUUAUCUACUGGGUACAGCCCUUAUCUUUCUUUUUUUGUAUAUGUUUUUUGUAUUUUUUGAGGGAACUUUUCAAUUUCUGUUCCGUUCAAAAACCAUGGUAAAUAAAAAAAAAAAAAUCUGUCUUGGUAAAUUGCUCUAGAAUGAAGCUUUUCACACUGAAGUCACUCUGAAUUCCGUAAGUUUAGAAGGUCUUAUAUUGGUCUUCACUGUGAUUACAGUUUAGUCAUUGUGAGCUCCUUCAUCUCCCAUAGUUCAUACUGUGCAGCCCUGGUUCAUACAGUCAGGUAAAAGACCUGGAUCAAGGUUAGGACUUGGAUAUUAAGAUGCUGUUUUAUUAAGGUGGGUCAUUCACCUAUUCAUUUUUAAUGGGGCGGAGGAAGAGGAGGAAGGUGUGGCAGUACUAUGUAUUUGUCUUACAUAUAUUUGGAAUAUAAAUACUGAAUUUGGUAGAUAUUUUAAAUUGAUGUUCAUUUUCUUACCUCAUUUAAAAUAUAUUCUCUUGGAAUGUGUGAGGAUAGUUUUGAAAGCAGAGAAGGUCUCGGGACUGAACGUGAGGAAGGUGAUGAUGGUGUGUGUAUGUGAGAAAGUUGUAUGUAAUGCUGUAGAUAGAUGGACUGAGAGUGAAUGGAUUUAGCUGCUGUACAGCAGCCAGCAGUGAUGGAUAUAAUAAUCCAGCAGGUUCUAAAGUUGGAGGGAAUUCACACCGGAUUGGUCUAAACAGACGGGAAUGUUUUGAUUGAGGACUGAUGGACGUGGUGAGGUUGGUAAGAGAGGAAAUUUUAGAAAGUGUUGAAAGUUUCUGCAGAAGUCAUUUAGGAUCAGCUGAGCCGAGAGAGGGUCUCUGUGAAAGUGGAUGAAAGACUUUGAGAUUGAUACCGGAUGUAUAAAGCUCUCUUUUUUCUUAUUUUGUUUUUAUGUAAAAUACUUUCCUGUUGUAUAUGUUGCAUAUGGCACUUAAUGAUUCUCUUUCUAUUUUUGUAUAAUUCCCAAGUUAAUGGUCGUUUUGUUUUUUGGACCUAAGAUUAGAAAAUAAUUUAAGAAAUAAGUGUAUAUCUUAACUGAACAAAUAAAGUUCUGAACAAUA